AUGCCCAAAACAUGCAUUCGGCCCCAGCUGCAAACCCGCCUAAUCAGCACCCCCUCACAACCCAAGCCAACCCCCGCACGGGCACACCAGAAGCCUCACAAAUAUGACUUGCACAUUCUCCCCGCGGCACCUAGUGACAGCCCCGCCAUCGCGGACGUCUUCCUGCAUGCUUUCUCUGAUCCGUUCAGUCGACGCAUGUUUCCCAUCACUGACGAUGUGCGUAGCUGGUGGGUAGACCAGUUUAGACGUGAUAUUGAACAGGCACGGGCUGCUGCGGAUCCCAGCACUGCGUUCUUGAAAGUUACUGCGGGUGAGGAGGGGGCUGUUGCUGCGUUUGCUAAAUGGUGGUAUCCUGUCCCAUCAGAAGGAAUACCUCUGGAUGGUGAGAAAAGUCAGACCAAGACUGUUUGGCCCCCAAGCUCGGAUGCCGAUCUCUGUGAGCGGUUCUUUAAUUUGAUGGAUAGUGAGAAGAAGAGGGUCAUGGGAGGGAGAAAGGAGGGGUAUUUCUACCUCGACAUGCUGGGCACUCACCCCCAGUUCAACGGCCGGGGCAUCGGAUCAAGAUUACUGCGUUGGGGAUUAGACCGGGCAGACGAGAAAGGCGUGCCGACUUUCUUGGCUUCCACGCCUGCGGGACGACCCCUGUAUGAGAAGUAUGGGUUCGAGGCGGUGGAAGAGUACGAAGUGAUUCCGGGAUAUUUCCAGGCGUCGAUGGUGCGGGAAGCAAAGUUUUUAUAA